GAUCAUAAACUAGUAAAAUAGAAGUAAAAUUCUUCUGAGCCAUGAACAAAAAAUUGUUAUUUGGAAUUUUUUAAGAAUGUGGUCAAGCUCAAAAUCAAGAAUGAAGGGGAAAAGAAACCAGUCCAAAGACAGCCUAAAAUAGGAAGAACAAAGCAGGAAAAAGACGAAGCAGGAUCCAUUAUGGUGGCUGCUAAUUUUAAGAUCCACCAACCUAAGAUCCUUUUGUUGUUUCUAACAAAGCAGCAAGAAAAACAAAGAUACAAUUUUGGGGCUCUACACAGUUUUUUGACAAAUAAAGUAUGUAGAACUUAAUCUCAUUCUACCUAAUUCUAUUUCUCAGAAAAGACCAUUCACAAAGUACCCUGGUAUUUCCUCCUUUUCAAUCGCUUUUGUUCCUUUCUCCUUUUCUAUUCCUUUCUGUUUACCUUCUCUAUAACGUUAUUGCUUUUGAUUAAGUGAAGGACCACCACCAUCAUUUCCCCAAAUUGGAGAAGAAGAUCUAGCGACUUCCAUUAACUUUUAUUCACAAUAAGCCAAGCAAGCUAUAAGCUAAUCAUUCUUUUAUCUUGUCCCCUUUAAAAGUUUUACUUUUGGAUUCCACUUUACUUGCAUCGAAAUCAAUUUUGUUAAUGCAUUUCUACUGGCAACUUGUCUAAAUGAUCUGCCACUUUUGAUCAAUCAUAUUUAUUAACAAAACUGACAGCUUGAUUUACUAAAAUCAGUUUCCAGCAAUUAGUAUUCCGGUUGGCUAUCCCUGUUCUGCCUUCUUUCUUUUUUCCCCCCCCUUUUUUGAUAAGCAGCUAUCCCUGUUCUGCCUUUACUUAGAAAUUCCAAGUAAUUUCACUCUGUGAGAGCAUAGACUAUGCACACAUAGGAUUGGAGCACAAGAAUCACUUAGUAGACUUGAAAAGAAUUCGCACUGCUACAUGCAGGACAAAAAAUGAAAGUUACAUCAACAUAUCAAGUGCUUAUCUAGAUAACAUGGGGAUCAAUAAUGGCUUAUGUCAUGACUCAUAUGCAUAUGCAUAAGUGCCUAUCACACAAUGACAUGCACGCACCAGAUGGACGGUCAAGAUUAAAAACCAUAAUUAAAAAUCAAUGCAAGCUGCACAUAGCUUCACUUCUACAGAAAAUGGCCCCUAUAAAUACUGGCAGUCUGUGCCUUACUUUUCAUCUACCAGUAAGCAAGUGGAGUACUCUUCUCCAAAGGAAAAGAAAAAGAAGAACCAACAAAAAGGAAAGCAAGAGAGAGAAAGAUGGGAAAAAUGGCGCAAGAGGAAAUCAGAAAGGGUCCGUGGACUGAAAAUGAAGAUGUUCAGCUGGUUUUUUACGUGAACUUGUUUGGAGAUCGCAGAUGGGACUUCGUAGCAAAGGUUUCAGGUUUGAAAAGAACAGGAAAGAGUUGCCGGUUGCGUUGGGUCAAUUACCUCCAUCCUGGUCUCAAACGAGGCAAGAUGACUCCUCAAGAAGAGCGCCUUGUGCUGGAACUUCACUCCAAAUGGGGAAAUAGAUGGUCAAGAAUUGCUCGCAAGUUACCUGGGAGGACUGACAAUGAGAUCAAGAACUAUUGGAGGACUCACAUGAGGAAGAAGGCACAAGAGAGGAAACAAACCAUGUCUCCACCUUCCUCUGGCUCUAACUGUUCUUCGUCAGCUUCAAGCAAUGCUCCGGCGGACUCUAUGCCAAAUACGGAGAGUUUUUCACCUUCAAACAAUCCUGCAGUGGAUUCCAUGCCUGUCAAAGAGACCAAGGAACGAAGCUUUUAUGAUACAGGUGGAGAUAUUGAGAUGUGGGCUCCAAUGGGGAAAAAGGAUAAAGAAGUGGAAGAGAGUGACAAGGUUUACUCCAUGGAUGAUAUAUGGAAAGAUAUAGAUUUGGAAAAUGACACAAUCAAAUCAAUUCAAGCAAUGGCUUCACCAAUCUGGAACUACUGUCCUGACUUGCUGUGGAUGAUGGAAGAAAUGGACAGUAAGACGUUCCCCACCAUGACUGAUCAAUUUUUUGCGAGCUCGACUUUAACCGGCUAAUCCCUAUUCUUAUUUAUUCAAAUCUGUUCAUAAGUGUGAGAUAUAGUACUAGUCUAAGGAACUCUAAUCCAAAUUCUCCAUAUCCAGCUUUCAGUUGUAGUUAUCUAGUGUUUGUGUAACUAUCUCAUGCAUUCAAUAUGUGUCUAUGUCGUGUCAUGCAUGUGCUUUUGCUUCUCGAGGAAGCGGUAUGUUAAGUAAUGCAUGCAAUGUACUAUACAUGUCUGUGUUCCUUUUUCUAUAUGAAAAUGUACAGUAGAAUUAUUAUUUCUC